GGCGUCGCCUCCACAGCUCGGCCGCCUGCCGGGGGGCCGCGACCGGCCAGCAGCCUCCAGCAGGAGCCUGGCAGAAAGCGUGGCCCCUUGCCAGGAGCCCCCUCGGGAAAGGAAGGCGGCCGACGCGUCGGCCUCGGCUUUGUCCCCGCGCCCCGUGCCAGCGGGGCUUCGGUGGGGCCUGCGGGGAGGGAGGACGGGGACGCGCGAAGAGCCGCCUGCAGUUCAGCUUCGGCUGGGGGAACGGGGCUCCUCCCGGCGCUUCUGGCCACCGAGAAGGGUAGCUUGGGGGUCGAGCGGAGUCUCGCUGCACAGCCCGGCACGCUUGGCGAGGGGCCGCGCGCUGCCUACCCUGGACCCGCAGGGGCGUUUAGCAAGCGGGCUGGGGCCGAGCGACCCCAGGGAGGGCGCUCUUCGGCGGUCGUGCAGGGAGCUCUUUUCCCGGGACGGGCUGAUGAGCCACCCCGAAGCUUUAGCCGGGCACGACGUAGCCCUUCGCUGUUCCGGCGUCCGCAGCCCAGCCGUGGACUCAAGCCGAGGUUCCGUCCAGGCGAGGCGAGGGGUCCUCCUCCCCCGCCGGGCGACAGCGCCUUGCAACAGCCCAGCAAGAGGGCGGCGGGGGCAGGGCGCCCUUUGCCCAGCCCUCGCGUCGCCGUCCGGCGGGCACCCAGCGGUAAACAAGCGCUCGGAGGGCAGAGGGCAGCCUGCGCCCGAGGCGUCGCUGGGGGAGCCGGUUAAUGACCCACCAAGAUCAACAGGGGCGGAGGGCGGGCAGCGGCAGAUGCGCUGCGGCGGAGAGGCGAGGAUGACCCGCUGGCUGGCGCUGUGCGCUGGGCUGCUGGUCCUGGCGGGGGCCAGCCGGCCGCCGCUGCUGCAGAACGCACUGGAGAAGGUGCUGGAGGAUUUCCACGGCAGGAGCCUGGUCCAGUCGGCGUUCAGGGGAGAAGCCGCGAGGGAGGUCAUGGAGGACUUACCGAUGGGGACUUUUGUCCGGCUGGAAGUGGACCUCACGCAGACCGUCUGCAAGAAGCAGCAGUGGAGGACCCAAAGCUGUCAGAUCAAAGCGGGUGGUAGGAGGCAGAAAUGCCUUGCGUGCUUCAAGUUUGAUGCCAGCAAUCCUGGAAGCCUUUUGGACAAAUCGCUGCGAUGCCUGUCUGAGCAGAGUCCCGUUUUCCAGGAGGUGAAGAGGCGGCAAGAACAGGAGUGCGAGGCCGUCAAGGCAGCCAACGAGGACCAGUAUCUGCCUGGGAAGUUUGCCUUUUCUGUUGGGCUUCCCUCCUGACCCUUCCUGGCAGAGCUGGCAAGAGCUGCACAGACUCGGCUGACUGGCAGAAUGCUGGGGAAUUGGGCCUCCGCACCCUGGGAUGGAAGGCCAGCUUCCAGAGGAAUCAGCUCAGUGCCUCUUCUGUCUCUCUUAAUUCCCACAAUAAAAUGGCAAGCAGAGUC